AUGUCGACCACAACAGCACCGCGGGACGACCCAUCCAUCCUCAUGCCGCCACCCUCCACCCUCCCCACCACCUCACCGCUCGACGAUGCCCGUCUCACAGACGACGACAUCGAUUCCCUCAUCGCCUCUCUCUCCCCCACCUCGGAACUCGACCACCUGCGCUCGAUCGAGAAAACCCUUCGCGAAACGCAAUCGCGACGCAAACGCGAAGACGAGGAAAACCGCGCCAAGAUCCAUGCUCUCCAAACUUCCCUUCUCGACCUGCGCAAGCAAAGCACUCGUCAAGCGGCAGAAUGGAGGUCCCUCGCACAGCACGCAGAGACCAUCGAAAAGUUGGACAACCGCAACUUUGAUCUGGCCAAGAAGAUCAACGAACAGGAAAGCGUACUGAGCACCAUGCAGAACGAGGUGCUCGAACUCAAGCGGGUAUGCGACGAACUCGACGAGGUGGAUGUUGAGGAUGAGACGGAGAUGGAUCGCGAUGCCUUGUGCCUACGCAUCUUCCGCAGCCUCGGCUUCCUACCCUCCAAAGGCAAGGAAGAGACGGACGACGAGUGGAACAGCAUACUCGUCCGCUCCGACACACGAAACACCGCCAUCCAGUUCGACAUCGCCACCCUCCACCUCAAGCAGAACGAGAUCUCGCCCCUCAUCCUCGCCGACCAGCUGUGGAAGGCCGCCGAAUGA